AUGGUGUUGACCACCGUCCUGUCUAUGCUCCGGUAUGUGGGCACGUCCGACGACCGGGACUUUGUGGAUCGGAUCAAUUCCUUCUUCACAACCAACAUACUAAUUGCUUUGUCGGUGCUGGUCAGCUUUAAAGUGAGUUGAAGCGAAAUUUUAUAUUAUCCAUGGGGCUGAUGGGAGAAUGGAGAAUUUGGAUGAAAAUAGAGGAUAGAUCAAGGUGAUUUUGGUCUCAAAAGAUGUGACAUGAACUGUAGUACCGGAUGGAUUAUCUUUUCGCGAUCAGAUUUAUACUUUUCUAAAACUUUUUUCAAAUUUACCUUGUUUUAGGUAGCUUUAGUGAAAAUUUUUGAUUUUUAUUCAAAAUUAAAGGACCUCACCAACUACAUUUGAAUCGCAUUUUUACGGCUUGGAGGUGCGCUUCGCCAAAAGUUGCGAAGAUCCCGCGAAAAAAACAAAAACAAAAAAUAAUCGAGAAUUUUUCUCGAAAAUGCAAAAUUGAAGAAAGUUUGAGCUAGUUCAUGUUCCAAAGUUGCUGAAAACGCUUCUUGUUCACGUCGAUCUUGCCGACACUCAUUCGGAUGCUCUUGGGGAAGGCUGAUGUAAGUUUUCUUUGGUUUUUGCUUGGUUUUGUCGCGUUUAGGUAGGAGUAAAGUAUCUUGCACAAUAUUUCGGCGAUUCCUUUGAAAAAAGCCCGAACGAAGUGUUGAGGAGCAAGUUCUGGACUCAAGGCUUGUGUGGAUUCCAUUUUCUUGCCUUUUUAGGACUGUGUUUGCCCAUUUAGAGAUAUUUUAUAUUAUUUUAGUCAAGUGCUUCAAUUUCAGAGUUGUGCAAUCGCCUCGAACGACCCAUGAAGAUGAAGAAACCGGCGUGUCCACAGGACCUGUCGUUUACAUAAAGCAUCCUGGUCAAAAUAAAAGAAUGUAACUUAUAUACACUUAUAUACCUUUUAUUAUCUAAUACAUCAAUAAAACAUAAUAAUCAUGCAGUUUUUGUUCAAUUUGCUGGUCUACGAACCGCUUUCGUUUCCAUAGUUGAUCCAUUGAUUCACGAAGACAAGUGCCUAUCUAAAACUAAAUGCAUAGAGGCCGAGAAAUUACGUAACGAAAUUUUAAGCAAAAAAAGUAAAUAACACAUUACCUCACAUGAAUAUCCCAUAGACAACGUUCCUGUCUCGAAUCGUGACGCAAAGGAAUUUGUAUGAAGAGAAUUCUUCUUCAUGCAUCGCGUUCUCGGCGAUUGAACAACUCUGAAAUUGAAAGACUUGACUAAAAUAAUAUAAAAUAUCUCUAAAUGGGCAAAUACAGCCCUAACAAGGCAAGAAAAUGGAAUCCACACAAGCCUUGAGUCCAAAACUUGCUCCUCAACACUUCGUUCGGGCUUUUUUUCAAAGGAAUCGCCGAAAUAUUGUGCAAGAUACUUUACUCCUACCUAAACGCGAAAAAACCAAGCAAAAACCAAAGAAAACUUACAUCAGCCUUCCCCAAGAGCAUCCGAAUGAGUGUCGGCAGGAUCCACGUGAACAAGAAGCGUUUUCAGCAACUUUGGAACAUGAACUAGCUCAAACUUUCUUCAAUUUUGCAUUUUCGAAAAAAAUUCUCGAUUAUUUUUUGUUUUUGUUUUUUUCGCGGGAUCUUCGCAACUUUUGGCGAGGCGCACCUCCAAGCCGUAAAAACUCGAUUCAAAUGUAGUUGGUGAGGUCCUUUAAGGUUAUUCUCCCUCUUUUAAUGAUGAUUAUAGUUAAAAUACGCUGUAUUCUACUUGUUGUUUUUAGCAAUUCGGCGGCAAACCUCUGGAAUGUCUCACACCGGACAUUUUUUCCGGCUCUUGGGAGGAGGUAAGUGUAAUAUAAUUUUCCAUCAAAAAAUCGGACAAAAUCCAAAAGAAUUUGAUAUCUCUAGAUCCUCUGAGAUCUAAGGUACCUAUACAAAUCAAAAUUUCACCAAAAAUCGACUGGUCGAUAGCAAAAAAUAAAAUAUUUUCCAAAAUUUCCCAACUAUUUGUUAAAAACAACCCGAGUUAUUGUACUCAAAUAACCAAGAAGUCUAUGAUGAAUAGACGGACAGCGCAAAUAUUACCUUUGUAUGUGUGAUUCAUGAGCGAAUAAGGUUAUUUUCUUGGACGAACUUCUGAUUUUGUGGAUGGUUUAUUAUGUUACUCAUGGUGUGGAGGUGGAGAUUUUUGGUGGUGAAUUUAGAGGGUUUAUAUUGCUCUGAGAGUAAGAUCUUUGUUUUUAACAUAUUGGGAAAUUUUUUAGGUAAUUUUUUUGAAAAAAAGUUACCUAAAAAAAUCGUUUGAUAUGAAGUAUAAGGUGAAUGUAGGUCAAUACUCCGAUUUACCAUCAUUCAAUCAUCGUAUUUGCGCUUGUAGGCCUGUUUUCUUACAAUUCUUUCAAAGAUUCGUUCGAAAGCGUCUUUUUUAUUGUGUGUUCCAAUAGUUUAGUGGUAACUCGUUUUUUCUAUUAGUCGGAAAGUCCCGAGUUCGAUUCCGGCAGGGACCAAAAGAGCUUUCGUCAAAUUUUGACUUCUUUUUGACCCUUGAUAAGUUGUAUUUUGAGUAAAUAUGAAAGUGCAGACUUCCAAAUAACGUUUAAAAAGGUAUUUAAUUGAUCUUUAUUGUUUGCUGAGGUCUUGAAACUUGUAAUUCCUCGUAUUUGAGGUAAAAUAUUGAUCAGAAAGGUUGAUAUCGGAUGUUUCCUUUAGGUUUCUUUCAGUAGUACUGUAGUUCUGGAGUCCUACAUUCUUUAAGAAAUAUUUUCCUUGUAUUUUAAAGGGUUGAUUUAGUUUUUUCCGCGAAAUUUUGAUUUUUCUCACCUUUUAUGGAAUUUUUCGAAUUUACAGUUUCCAAAUGCAAUUCUCUAUGGUCCCCGCUGAUUUUUCGAUCACAUAGACCAUCCUCUUUCUUUUGUGGGCAAUUUGCCCAAGUAUUUUUCCCGAAAUACGGGUUCUAAAUGAACAUCUUGGGGAAUGUCGUGAAUUCCGGCCGAAUCUUCGCGGAUCCACCCAAUUUUGCGGAUUUCAUCGACUCCGCCAACUCGAUUGUGACCUCAAAUUUCUUGAUUGUGCUGGCUGUCAUCAGUUCGUACAAACAAUUUGGCGGGCAUCCGAUUGAAUGCCUAAUUCCUGAUAAUUUACCGUUUAUCGGCGUGGAUAAGGUAAAUUUCAAGGUGAUUUGGGGUAAAAUACGCGCGUUCCAGCAUCGUUUUUAUGUUAUAAGGGUUUAUCGAGCGUUUUUACUUGAAUAUGAACUAAUUUUGAGGGUUGAAACAGAAUGCCAAAAAAUCAGGAUUUCGUGGCAGAACCGAAAUUUAAUUGAAGUAGAUACGUAAAAUAAGUUGUAAACGGUAUUUUGAGUUGUCUAAUAUCUUUAUGAACCAAUUUUGAGGGUUGAAACAUAAUGCCAAAAAGUCAGGAUUUUGUUGUGGAACCAAAAUUUAAGACAAAAGUUGACGUGUUACUGUUGUAAAGUACGUCCAGGGUGAAGAAUAACGGCUGACAUUUAUUAUGAGUUAUCGACCAGUUGAUUUCUAAAUUGUGAAAAAAUCAAAAAAUUCCAUUGAAAGUUUGUUUUUUUUUGAAACUUUUUUUUCGGAUUUUAGUAUGCCGAAAAUUUUUGUUGGGCCCAAGACACCUACUCGGUCCUGAUGCACGAAAUUGUGGAUGGAAUGCCGAAGAACGAGCGACAACAACGCAAGAUUAGCUACUAUCAAUGGGUCCCAUUUUUCCUUCUAAUCGAAGCCGCCUGCUUCCGAUUGCCCAGCCUUUUGUGGAAAUAUAUGAGUGGGCAGAGUGGAAUUAAGGUGGGAAAAAGGGUGGCUGAGUGGUAUGGGGACUUGUUUCUGACAAGGAAAGUAGUUCUAGGGGUAUGGAGUUACAGGUCGAGACAUAUAUCAAAGAAAUCGCAAAAAUUUUCUGGUUCAGAAAAUGUAAAAAUUAGCUGCCCAAUUUUGGUUUGUAAGGGCGAAAAAAUCCUCAGAACUUUUCUCACAGCACCAUGUAAAUGCCUCUUUUUUUAUAUUGGAACUACUAAUUAGGGUCUAGUAUAAAUCAAAUUUGAUAAUUUAAGGCUUAUCAAGAUGCCAAGGUUUACUUUAGCUCAAAACAAAGCUUUUGAAUUGGUAAAAACUUGGACAAAAAGGCCAAUUCAAAAGGUUUGCUUUGAGCUAAAGUAAACCCUGGCAUCUUGACAAGCCUUAAAAUAUCAAAUUUGAUUAAUAUUACACCCUAAUUAGUAGUUCCAAUGUAAAAAAGGGGCAUUUGCGUGGUGUUGCGAGAAAAGUUCUGACGAUUUUUUCGCCCUUACAAACCAAAAUUGGGCAGCUAAUUUUUACAUAUUCUGAGUCGGAAAUUUUUUGCGAUUUUUUGAUAUGUCUCGACUUGAAACUCCAUACCCCAUAGAAGCACUUUCCCCGUAAAAAAUCGGUCUUUUGAUGACUAAAAUGUCGAUUUUCUAGAUCCAAGAGAUUUGCAAGCUCUCCGGCGACCCGAACAACAUCAAACCCGAUAUAAAACGGGCCAAUAUUCGCUCACUAGCCGUCCAUUUGGAAGGCGCGUUGAGAUUUCAUCGCCGAUUACACAAAAAACAACUCCGUCCCCAUCAACUCCUCCGCAUGUUCAAUUUGCCGUAUUCGGCGUGCUAUGUGACCAUCACGUAUUUGAUCACCAAGUUUUGCUAUCUGUUCAACGUUGUGGUCCAGCUGUUUUUGAUGAACAAGUUUUUGGAGACGGACAAGUAUCAGUUCUAUGGAUUUGGUGCCAUUUUGGACUUGUUGAGGGGGAAAACUUGGGAGACGAGUGGAGUUUUUCCCAGGAUUAGUCUUUGUGACUUUCAGGUGAGCGAUUUUUUGAAGUUUGAAAGGAGGUUUGAGAGGAAGUCAGGGCGCAGGUCGCGGAAUUUAAAAAUGGAAAUAAAAGGCAGGAAAUUACUUUUUGUGGGUUCAGUUGAAUAUAUUAGGGCUAGUAAUGUGAUUUAAAUUUUUGUGGGUUUGUUUUAUGGCAGUCUGCGCCCAGAAAUCCGAUUUUUUAAAAAUUUUUGCAGGCUGCGAAUUUUCGAAAAAUGAUGGAUUUAGUGCUAAAUUUUUAGAGUACUUUCUGUUUAAGGCUAAAAUGUAUAAAAAUUUAAAAUUUGACAGUUUUCACCGCGAUUUUUUGGUCCGCGAGCUGCGCCCUACCUUUUUUCAAAAUGGUUUUAAAAUCAUUGGGAAUGCCUUGGAUUGAUAGAAAAUGACAAAAUAAAUUGUUGAAAAUCAAUUUUCAGGUCCGAGUGAUGGGCAACAUCCAAGAACACACCAUCCAAUGUGUACUUGUCAUCAAUAUUUUCAACGAAAAAAUCUUCAUCUUCCUCUGGUUCUGGUACGUUUUCCUCCUCGUCUUCACUGCCGGCUCCUUCCUCUACUGGCUGCUGGUCGCCUUUUUCCCAUGGCCCAACAUCCGCUUCAUCAAACGGCAUCUGGAAAUGAGCGAGCUGGACAUUGAUCCGGACGAAAAGGACAAGGAAGUCCGAAGAUUCGUCAAAAAAUUCCUCAGAAUUGACGGACUCUUCGUGCUGAGAAUGCUGACCCUCCAUAGUGGUGUUAUCUUUGGCACAGAGGUGAUUCAAGAGCUUUGGACGAGACAUUUCAGAGUGGAAUUGAAAAGGGCAAACUCGGAGACGCGGAUUGGUAAGAAAAGGCGAUUUUUUGGGGAAAUUUGAGAUUUUUUUUUGGGAAAUGGCCUGUAAAUAGAAUUUGUGUGUGGUUUAGAGGAAGAAACGUAAUUUAGAGUUUAAAAAAAAAUUUUUUAAUUUUUUGUUUUUUUUUUGAAAAAAAUGGAUUUUUUGGGAAAUUUGAAGUUUUUUGAUGGGAAAUGGGAUAUGAAUAAAAUUUGUGCAUGGUUAAGAAGAAAAAACUUAUUUGAAAAUCUUAAAAAAGAUAAUUUUUUUACAAUUUUUUGUUUUUGAAAAAACGGGAUUUUUUGGGAAAUUUGAAGUUUUUUGGUGGGAAAUGUUCUGUUAAUGGAGUUUUUAUGAUAUUUAGAGGGGUUGAAAAAAACCUACUAAAAGUCUUGACGUAUUUUACAAUAAAGAAUUUUUUUAUUUUUUAUUUGUAAAAAAUAGGAUUUUUUGGGGAAAUGUGAAAUUUUUUAUGGGAAAUGGCAUGUAAAUAGGGUUUAUAUAAGAUUUACAGGGCCUGAAAUAAUGUACACUAAGCUUGGACGUAUUUUACAAUAAAGAAAAAGAAAUUUUUUUUAGUUUCCCCAUCCAAAUCCGGCAGCGUAAUCAACAGCCCGACGAAUCAACUGCGCAACCGCAAAUUCAACGACUCGAAGUACCCGGAAUACGGAUCUUUGCGAAGGAAUUCCAGCGUCACUGAGCAACUGAUUGCCCCGCCACCACCGCCGGAUUACGUUCUGAAAGAAUUGUUGAGACGGAAUUCGGUGGAACAAGGUCCAAUAAGCUCUCCAAGUAAGUGAUUAGUGACCAUUUUUGGUUUUUAAAAACGUCAGAAUAGCUUAUUCUUACUAUUGACCUGCUGAUUGUUCCGGUAUUUGGGAGAAAUCGAUGAGUUUUGGAAAAAUGUAGGGCGCAGCUCGCGGAAUUUAAAAAAAUGUGGAAAUUGGAUAAAAAUGAUUUAUUAGUGUUGGGUAGGACUGAUUGAAGAUAUUACGUAUAAUUUUUCGAAAAAAUUACCAUUUUUGCUAGUUAGUCAGGGCGCAGCUCGCGGAAUUUAAAAAGAUGUGGAAAUUGGAUAAAAAUGAUUUAUUAGUGUCGGGUAGGACUGAUUGAAGGUAUUACAUAAAAAAAUUUCGAAAAAUUACUAUUUUUGCAGGUUAGUCAGGGCGCAGGUCGCCAAAAUUAUUUUUGCCCAUUUUAAUGUAUUUUUGGUUAGGAUUGGUUUAAUUCAGCAUUUUGCUGUAAAUUAUCAACGUUUUAGAUUUUUUUAUGAUAUUGAGUAAGCUAGGGCGCAGCUUGCCGAAUCUAAAAUGUCGAAAAUUGUCCUUUUUUUUUAAAUUUUUGUCAAUGGAAAUUUUUAUUGUUCUUAUGAGUAGUAGAUGUCGCCUCUGUUGUAUUAGUAUUUUUUACAUGUUUUUCUACCUGUUAGUACUGUAGAUUUUGGCCUAAAUUUUAUUUUCCCCCAAUGUUGUACCAGUCGUAGUGAAUGUCGUAUUUUCCCUCAGGCACGCAGUCCACAUCACCCACGAUUCACGCCGCCUCCCCACAGCCACCGGAGAAGAAUAACAACCACGAUCAUGGCCGACUUUCCCCACCAAAACCUCAUCAUCAUUUCCCCGAACUGCCUACCUCAAACUCGCCGAUUAUGGAGCCGAUUCGCGAGGUUCCGGAGCCGAAACAAGUCAGUUUGACGGUGAAUCCGACUGGGCCGGCGACCGCGGCGAUUUUGCGCCCAUAUCGACGAGAUGACUCACCAGGGCAACACUUGACCCGAAAAAGUUUGGAGGGUAAGACUUGACUCGAAAAGGUCUACAGUGUUUUUUGUGGGUGUAACAUGUUUUAUUGUGGUGGUAUUGGUGUAAAAAAUCCAGUUUUUACUUUUUUUACCCUCGAUUUGGCGUUUUUCAUUUUGGCAGGCUGCGCCCUGACUUGGAGUUGAAUUUGAUAGAAAAAUAAGACAAAUAUGGUGUGUUGUGACUUUUAUAAUGUAAAGAGUAGACUUUUUAACUAAUUUUUCCAAGAAUUAAUAUUAUUUUUGGUCGGCAGCUCGCGCCCAGACUUGAUUUCUGAUUUGUGGUUAACAUAACGGGAAAUUGGUUAAAAUACGCAGCUAGACUCUGGGAUUGUAUUUUAUAAGAAUAAAAUUUUUCCAGCCCGUCCAGCCGACCCCCCUCGGCACCCACCCACUCAAUUCCGAUGA